CCUCGACUGUGGCAACAAAACGCAACUGCAGCUUCUUACUGAACAUCACUGCGCACCUCCAGGAGGAAUAUUGGUGCUCAGUCGCUUCACAACGCCCUGCAGUACUCGUAGCGUAUGCAGGUCAAGGAUAAAAAAAACGGUCUAGAGAAAACAGCAGUAAAUUCUAAUGUUUAAAUGAUAAAAGCAGUAGAGGAUGCUGCCUGAUUAAUGAAAGCAGGAACCGCCGCUGGUGCAAGCAAGGAUCUGUCCACUGAGGAGGCCCAACAGAAAAACACUGAGGCAGUGCUACACGUGGUGGCUGUGUAGAGAGCAGUGGACCACGGCAUGGAUUUUCUCUUGUGCCUUUUCUGGCUUUUUCUGCAGCCCCUGGAUGGGGCAUUUGCAGAUCCGUGCUGGCAGGGAGUCACAUUCUCUGAAACGAUCAUCUCACCAAACUUGAAGAACACCAACAUCCUGCGUGUGCCAGACGUGGUGUCACUGACACAGUGUGCGGGGGCCUGCUGUGACUUCCCUGGCUGUGACCUGGCCUGGCUGUUUGAGAGGCACUGCUACAUUGUCAACUGCAAGCACAAGGAAAACUGUGAGCCCAAAAAGCGUCCUGGCACGGACUCCUAUAUGAUCUUCCUGCAGCGCAGGCCUCCCCAGACACUAGUGCUGCAGUCCCUGGUGCGCGGACAGCCUUUCUCUGGGAGGGUUCGCCCACAGUCCAACCUCAAAGGUCCUGAGAGCCUCAAAGACUUGGCUUUAUUUGAUGGGGACCAGGCCUUUGAAGAUUCUUCCCUAGCUGAGGAUGAGUAUCCCGAGAGCUACAGGAGCUCUAUCAUCCAUGGCAGCCCUGUGGGCAGCAGAGCUGAACAGAAGGAGAGCUCUGGGUAUCUCGAUUGGCUGUCAGUGGCAGGAAAGGAGGGAUUCAACUUCUCGGAGUAUGGUGUGAGCCAGGGAGAUCUGUACACUUCACAAAGCCCCUCAAAGAGCAGCCUACUUCAGCGCAGCACCUCCACGAAGGGCGAGAUUGACCGUGGGGAUGCGCCCACUGUGCCUGCUCCUGCCACCCCAGUCUCUCUUUCGGGAAGUCUAAAUGAUGAUGUUCCUUUGCACAACAUAUCCUUAACCAGCAUGGAAAUGAUGCCAACAUCCCACAAUAGCACGGCAGAUUUCAUCUCCGAGAUCCAAAUACAGCCCUCACUGCCAGACGUGCCAUCCUCUCCACCUACUUCUACUUCAAGCCCUACAACAACGCUCACACCAGUGAAGGCACUGGUGGUGUCAGCUGGAGACAAUGUGGAAGUCACUCUUCCCAGGAAUACAGUGGAGCUGAAUGCCUUUGUAUUUCCAGAACCAAAAACAGAAGUCUCCUACAGCUAUGAAUGGAGUUUGAUCAGUCAUCCUGCUGACUACGAGGGUGAGAUGGAAAACAAGCACACCAAAACUCUCAAGCUGUCGCGACUUUCUCCUGGCCUUUAUAUCUUCAAAGUGUGUGUGACUGCUGGCAGUUCCUAUGGGGAGGGAUUUGUGAACAUCACUGUUAAAGCUGCAACUCAAGUCAAUCAGCCCCCUGUAGCCAUCGCCUCCCCCUGGAUUCAAGAGAUCUCACUUCCAACAACCUCGACUUACAUUGAUGGCAGCCAAAGCACUGAUGAUGACAAGAUUGUUAGCUACCACUGGGAGGAGGUAACAGGGCCACUGAGGGAACAGAAGGCCUCUGCUGAUACUGCCAUCUUGCACCUGUAUGACCUUGUGCCUGGGAACUACACUUUUAGGCUGACAGUGAUUGAUUCUGAUGGAGCUGCAAACUCCACCACUGCAACAGUGCUGGUGCACAAGCCCACAGACUACCCUCCGGUGGCUAACGCAGGCCCCAAUCAGGCCAUCACACUACCCCACAACUACAUCACUCUGAGCGGCAACCAGAGCAGUGAUGACCAUGGCAUCGUCAGCUAUGAGUGGUCACUGAGCCCCGCCAGCAAGGGCAAAGUGGUGGCCAUUCAGGGUGUGAGAACUCCUUACCUCCAGCUAUCAGCAAUGCAGGAGGGAGAUUACACCUUUCAACUGACUGUUACUGACUCGGCAGGCCAGCAGGCCACAGCCAUGGUCACUGUCAUUGUGCAGCCUGAGAACAACAGUCCACCCCAGGCAGUCGUAGGCCCAGAUAAAGAGCUGACAUUCCCAGCAGAGAGCACCACACUGGAUGGCAGUCGAAGCACUGAUGACCAGGGAGUUGUGUCUUUCCUCUGGGACUGUAUAAGUGGCCCAUCUGGUGCAAAGAUUGAGAAGGCAGACAAACCUCUGGCCAUUGUGACAGGUCUCAGGAUUGGCACUUACAAGUUCAGGCUGACUGUGAAAGACCAGCAGGGCCUGACCAGCGAUGGCAUCAUCACUGUGACACUCAAAGAAGAGAAAAAUGCUCCUCCAGUGGCCCGUGCUGGAGGUAGCCAUGUUCUCGUCCUUCCAAAUAACUCCGUCAUUCUUGAUGGUUCAGCAUCCACUGAUGACCAGGGCAUUGUUUCAUAUAGAUGGGUCAGGGACGGACAAAGCCCAGCUUCUGGAGAUGUCAUCUAUGGCUCUGAGCACCAGGCCGUGCUCCACCUCACCAACCUGGUGGAAGGCACAUACAUAUUCCAGCUGCACGUCACUGAUGCCAAGGGCUACUCCAGCACUGACGCUGCUACAGUGGAAGUGUGUCCAGACCCCCACAGAAAGGACGAGGUGGAGCUGGAACUAUAUGUGGGUGUGAGCCAGCUGAACCAGCAGCAGAAGGACACUGUAGUGAGACAGCUGGCCGUGCUUCUCAAUGUGCUGGACUCUGACAUCAUCGUGCAGAAAGUGCAGGCACAGACUGAGCUCAGCACAGUGAUGUCGUUUUACGUGCGGGGCAGAGAAGGCAUCCUGCAAGGCCCCCAGUUAACACGCACACUGCGAGGCCAGCUCCUAAAGGAGAAGUCUGACUUCCUGCUGUUCCGGGUCCUGAGGGUGGAUACAGCUGUGUGUCUGCUGCGCUGUUCUGAGCAUGGACAGUGUGAUCCCAUCACCAAGCACUGCGUCUGCGACCCCUUCUGGGUGGAGAAUCCAGUUCACCGGUACUUCAAUGAUGGAGAGAGCAACUGUGAGUGGAGCGUGUUGUAUGUCAUCAUCACCUCAUUCGUGAUGGUUAUCCUCAUCAUGGGCCUGAGCUGGGCCUGUGUCUGCUGCUGUAAAAGGAGACGAACUAAAGUAAGGAAGAAAACCAAAUACACAAUUCUGGAUAACAUCGACGAGCAGGAGAGGAUGGUGCUGAGGCCCAAAUACAACAUAAAACACAGGAGCACAGAGCAUAACUCCAGCCUGAUGAUCUCAGAAUCGGAGUUUGAAAGCGAGCAGGACACGAUCUUUACUCGGGAAAAGGUUGACAAGGAGAAGAUGAAGAACAGUUCCAAUGGCUCUGCUCAGAACGGAGAUGUCUUCAGCUUCCAUCCUGAGGACAGAUGAACUCUUGAGGAGCUUGAAAUACCUGGCAAACAGAGGAGAUCCUGAUAUACAGUGACUUUUAUUUAAAUGCCAACCUUGAGGCACGCUUUCUGAAUGUUUAAACAUGGUUCCCUCCUAGCUGAUGGGAUGAACAAGAAGUGCAGGAACAAGCAGGAAUCUGCCUCAGUUUGGUCAAAAAAAGGUUCAUUUUAGGAUGAGCCUUCAAACUCUGAUCAUGUGUAGAAAAAAAGACAGGUGAAUGUAGAUAAUUAUUUAUAUAAUUACUUCUUGUUUUUGAUUCCAUGUUUUAAAAAAAAACUUAUAUUUGGAAAAUGCAGUCUUCAAGAGGCUUAAUGCUACAUUAAGUUUAAUCCUUUUUAGCUCUACAUUAUACAGGUUUUAUUCCCUCCCUAGCAGUAAGCUACGUUGUUUUGACAUCUAUGAAUAACACUGCAAUUUCAUAAUGAUGAAAACAAGAAUUGAGCACCUACAGUGCCUUGCGAAAGUAUUCGGCCCCCUUGAA